CGCGCACCACAAAACAACGUGUCUCUAGAAUGACUGUUUCUCAAAAUGGAGUCUGGCCGCAGUGAUCUAUAACAGAGAACUGAUCAUUUUGAAGAGUUAAACUCCUUCUGUUCAGGUCUCAGAGUUGACGAUUGAAACGCACCAUAAAACCAGGAAGAAGAAGAUGAUGAUGAUGAUGAUGAAGAUGAGGCGGGGCUCCUUUGUGUAUAACCGAAAGUAAACUGAACUCGAAAGUAAACUCGAGAGUGCAGUGAUCUAUAACGGAGAACUGAUCAUUAUGAAGAGUUAAAAUCCUUCUGUUCAGAUCUCAGAGUUGACGUAUUCGCGCGCACCACACAACAACGUGUCUCUGACUGUUCCUCAAAAUGGAGUCUGGCCGCAGUGAUCUAUAACAGAGAACUGAUCGUUUUGAAGAGUUAAACUCCUUCUGUUCAGGUCUCAGAGUUGACGAUGAUGGACUCUCCAGAACCCAGCUGUGUUUCUCUGAAGAGUGACAGAUCACUGCCUGAUCCUCCUGACCUCAGUGAUGGAGCGGUGACCUCUGACCUCAGGAUGAUCAGACAAAGAAUAUCAUCUCCAGAACCCAGCUGUGUGUCUCUGAAGAGUGACAGAUCACUGCCUGAUCCUCCUGACCUCAGUGAUGGAGCAGUGACCUCUGACCUCAGGAUGAUCAGACAAAGAAUAUCAUCUCCAGAACCCAGCUGUGUGUCUCUGAAGAGUGACAGAUCACUGCCUGAUCCUCCUGACCUCAGUGAUGGAGCAGUGACCUCUAGGAGUGUAAGAAAAAAUCUAUUUAUCCGUGUGUAUAGAGACGAUCAGAUACGAGCCCAGGAUCCUCCUCAAGCAGUGAAUGAUGAACUACAGAGAGUCAAAGAGCAGCACAAAACCAGCAUGAAGAACAAGUAUGAGAGAUUAUUUGAGGGACUGAAACUCCAGGAGAAUGAAAGCCUCCUGAACAGCAUCUACACACAGCUCUACAUCAUAGAGGGAGAGAGAGAAGGAGUGAAUGAAGAACAUGAGGUUUUACAGAUGGAGAAAACAGCCAGAACACAACACUCACAAGACACUCCAAUCUACUGCAAUGACAUCUUUAAAGCCUCCGCUGAAGCAGGAUGUGAGGAGAAAGAGCAGAUCAAGACUGUUCUUACUAAAGGCAUCGCUGGAAUCGGAAAAACCGUCUCUGUGCAGAAGUUCAUUCUGGACUGGGCCGAGGGAAAAGCCAAUCAGGAUGUAGAUUUCAUGUUUGUGCUUCCAUUUCGAGAGCUGAACUUGAUCAGAGAUCAUCAGUACAGUCUUCACAGACUUCUGCUGGACUUUCAUCCUGAACUUCAAGAUCUGGACUCACAGAUUUAUGAGGAGUGUAAAGUUGUGUUCAUCUUUGAUGGUCUGGAUGAAAGCAGAAUCACACUGAUGUUUUCAGACGCUCAGAAAGUUUGUGAUGUGACUGAGACUUCAUCAGUGGCUGUGUUGAUGUCAAAGCUGAUGAAAGGAGAGCUGCUUCCCUCUGCUCUCAUCUGGAUCACCUCCAGACCAGCAGCAGCCAAUCAGAUCCCCUCCAAAUACAUCCACCGUCUGACAGAAAUUCAGGGAUUCACUGAGCCUCAGAAGGAGGAAUAUUUCAGGAAGAGAAUCAGUGAUGAGCAUCAAGCCAGCAGAAUCAUCUCACACAUCAGAAGAGCAAGAAGCCUCCACAUCAUGUGCCACAUCCCCGUCUUCUGCUGGAUCUCAUCCACUGUGCUUCAGAAGCUCCUGGAAGAAGAUCUGAGUGCAGAAAUCCCUCAAACUCUGACUGAAAUGUACAUCCACUUCCUGCUGAUUCAGAUCAACAUGAGGAAGCAGAAGUAUGAAGAGAGAGAUCCAGAGAAACUCCUGCCGUCCAACAGAGAAGUGAUUGUGAAACUUGCUGAAGUGGCUUUCAAACAGCUGAUGAAGGGCAAUGUGAUGUUCUAUGAGGAGGACCUGAUUGAGAGCAGCAUAGACGUCACUGACGCCUCGGUGUAUUCUGGGAUUUGCACUGAGAUCUUUAAGCAGGAAUCUGUGAUUCAUCAGAGGAAAGUCUACAGCUUCAUUCAUCUGAGCGUUCAGGAGUUUCUCGCUGCUUUCUAUCUGCUUUACUGCUGUUUAACAAAGAACCAGAAAACACUGCAUGAAUUCAGAUCUUACAGAGAUGACUCUGACUCUGAUGAAGAGAACAAGAAAACACUGGAUGAAUUCAGAUCUUACGGAGAUGACUCUGACUCUGAUGAAGAGAACAAGAAAACACUGGAUGAAUUCAGAUCUUACGGAGAUGACUCUGACUCUGAUGAAGAGAACAAGAAAACACUGGAUGAAUUCAGAUCUUACGGAGAUGACUCUGACUCUGAUGAAGAGAACAAGAAAACACUGGAUGAAUUCAGAUCUUACAGAGAUGACUCUGACUCUGAUGAAGAGAACAAGAAAACACUGGAUGAAUUCAGAUCUUACGGAGAUGACUCUGACUCUGAUGAAGACUCUGAAAGUGACUCUGAUAAAGUCUCUCUGUAUGAUCUAUUAACUUCAGCAGUAGAUAAAUCUCUCAAGAGUAAGAAUGGACGUCUGGAUCUGUUCCUGCGGUUCCUGCUGGGCGUCUCACUGGAGUCCAAUCAGAGACUCUUACAGGAUCUACUGACACACACAGAGAACAGCUCAGAGACCAUCAGCAGAACCACACAGUACAUUAAAGAGAGGAUCAAAGAUGAAGAUGAUGAUGAUGAUGAUCUACUGAUGGUCAAGAGAGGUCAUCCUCUCUCAGCUGAUCAGUCGAUCAAUCUGUUCCUCUGUCUGCUGGAAGUGAAAGAUCAGACUCUGUUCAGAGAGAUUCAGGAGUUUGUGAAAUCAGACAAACACUCAGAGAAACUCUCUGCUGCUCACUGCUCAACAAUCUCCUACAUGCUUCAGAUGUCAGAGGAGACACUGGAUGAACUGAACCUCAUGAAAUACAACACACCAGCUGAGGGGAGAAGAAGACUGAUACCAGCUGUGAUCAAGUGCAGAAAAGCUCUAUUUUCUGGCAGUGGUCUCUCAGAACAGCAUUGUGAAAUUGUGUCUUCAGCUCUACAAUCCUCAAACUGUGUCCUGAGAGAGCUGGAUCUGAGGAACAAUGACCUGCAGGACUCUGGUGUAAAGUUUAUUUCUGAUGGACUGAAGAGUCCAAACUGUCAGCUGCAGAUACUGAGUCUUGCUGGCUGUAAUCUCACUGCUCAGUGUUGUGAGAGAUUGUCUUCAGCUCUACAAUCCUCAAACUGUGUCCUGAGAGAGCUGGAUCUGAGGAACAAUGACCUGCAGGACUCUGGUGUAGAGUUUAUUUCUGAUGGACUGAAGAGUCCAAACUGUCAGCUGCAGAUACUGAGUCUUGCUGGCUGUAAUCUCACUGCUCAGUGUUGUGAGAGAUUGUCUUCAGCUCUACAAUCCUCAAACUGUGUCCUGAGAGAGCUGGAUCUGAGGAACAAUGACCUGCAGGACUCUGGUGUAAAGUUUAUUUCUGAUGGACGGAAGAGUCCAAACUGUCAGCUGCAGAUACUGAGUCUUGCUGGCUGUAAUCUCACUGCUCAGUGUUGUGAGAGAUUGUCUUCAGCUCUACAAUCCUCAAACUGUGUCCUGAGAGAGCUGGAUCUGAGGAACAAUGACCUGCAGGACUCUGGUGUAAAGUUUAUUUCUGAUGGACUGAAGAGUCCAAACUGUCAGCUGCAGAUACUGAGUCUUGCUGGCUGUAAUCUCACUGCUCAGUGUUGUGAGAGAUUGUCUUCAGCUCUACAAUCCUCAAACUGUGUCCUGAGAGAGCUGGAUCUGAGGAACAAUGACCUGCAGGACUCUGGUGUAAAGUUUAUUUCUGAUGGACUGAAGAGUCCAAACUGUCAGCUGCAGAUACUGAGUCUUGCUGGCUGUAAUUUCACUGCUCAGUGUUGUGAGAGAUUGUCUUCAGCUCUACAAUCCUCAAACUGUGUCCUGAGAGAGCUGGAUCUGAGGAACAAUGACCUGCAGGACUCUGGUGUAAAGUUUAUUUCUGAUGGACUGAAGAGUCCAAACUGUCAGCUGCAGAUACUGAGUCUUGCUGUCUGUAAUCUCACUGCUCAGUGUUGUGAGAGAUUGUCUUCAGCUCUACAAUCCUCAAACUGUGUCCUGAGAGAGCUGGAUCUGAGGAACAAUGACCUGCAGGACUCUGGUGUAAAGUUUAUUUCUGAUGCACUGAAGAGUCCAAACUGUCAGCUGCAGAUACUGAGUCUUGCUGGCUGUAAUCUCACUGCUCAGUGUUGUGAGAGAUUGUCUUCAGCUCUACAAUCCUCAAACUGUGUCCUGAGAGAGCUGGAUCUGAGGAACAAUGACCUGCAGGACUCUGGUGUAAAGUUUAUUUCUGAUGGACUGAAGAGUCCAAACUGUCAGCUGCAGAUACUGAGUCUUGCUGGCUGUAAUCUCACUGCUCAGCGUUGUGAGAGGUUGUCUUCAGCUCUUCAAUCCUCAAACUGUGUCCUGAGAGAGCUGGAUCUGAGGAACAAUGACCUGCAGGACUCUGGUGUAAAGUUUAUUUCUGAUGGACUGAAGAGUCCAAACUGUCAGCUGCAGAUACUGAGUCUUGCUGGCUGUAAUCUCACUGCUCAGUGUUGUAAGAGAUUGUCUUCAGCUCUACAAUCCUCAAACUGUGUCCUGAGAGAGCUGGAUCUGAGGAACAAUGACCUGCAGGACUCUGGUGUAAAGUUUAUUUCUGAUGGACUGAAGAGUCCAAACUGUCAGCUGCAGAUACUGAGGUUGUCUGGCUGUAUGGUGACAGAGGAAGGCUGUGGUUAUUUGUCUUCAGCUCUGAGUUCAAACCCCUCACACCUGAGAGAGCUGGAUCUGAGCUACAAUCACCCAGGAGAAUCAGGAGUCAAGCUGCUCAAACACAAACUGCAGGAUCCAAACUAUAAACUGCAGAUACUCAAUGUGGAUCAUGGAGGAGAGAAGAGGAUGAGAGCAGAACUACGAAAGUAUGCCUGUGAUCUCACACUGGAUCCAAACACAGCACACACUCAACUCGUUCUGUCUGAUGAGAACAAGAAGAUCACACGUGUGAGAGAUCUUCAGCCGUAUCCUGAUCAUCCAGAGAGAUUUGAUGUGUAUCCUCAGGUUCUGAGUGUUGAGAGUCUGACUGGACGCUGUUACUGGGAGACUGAAUGGAGCGGAGAUUAUACUGAAAUAUCAGUGUCAUAUAAAGGAAUCAACAGGAAAGGAGAAGAGAGUGACUGUGUGUUUGGAUACAAUGACAAAUCCUGGAGUCUGGACUGCUCUGAUAACAGUUUCUCUGUCUGUCACAAUAAUAACGUCACUGAUAUCUCUGCUGUCUCUUCAUCCUGUAAGAGAGUAGGAGUGUAUGUGGACGUGUCGGCCGGCUCUCUGUCCUUCUACAGCGUCUCUGACACACACACACUCACACACUUACACACACACACACUCACACACUUACACACACACAACACCACAUUCACUGAACCCCUCUACGCUGGAUUUAGGGUUAAUUAUUAUUCCUCAGUGUCUCUGUGUGAUAUUAAAGAGCCUCCUGUGAGAAUCAUCAGUGAUGCACAAGCUGCCAGAUCUUCUGUGCUCAGAUAUCAGCCUCUGCUGAAGUGUCAGUCUUGUGUUCAUAUCUCUGAUCCUGAUCCUGAUCAGUGGGAUCAGAUUGAGCCGUCGCUCUGCACAGAUGAAGGAGUGUCAAAGUUCAGGGUCAGCACUGGACCGGGCCGUUACGAGUGUCUCAGGACCAGGAUGAGAUGGGUCUGUGAUGGUGACGUCACUCUUCAGUAUCACACCGUAGACGGACGGUUCCUCAACACAGAGCUGGAGAGACUGCAGUGCAACCGAAUCGCUCCAGUGAUGGACGUGACGGUGAUCUCAGGGAAACUGGAGGAAGUUCAUCUGCCACAUUACAUCUGUUUAGGAGAGUCUGGAGAUGCCCUCAGAGAUGCUGUGAACGUCCUCAGUGUAAAAGAUGAGGGAAUAACCACAGAAGCUGUGGAGCUGACACGAUUCCAUGCUAAGAUUGUCCAACCAUCCUUCUCUCUUAAAACAUUAAUUAUAAGCUGGAUACUGCGAUGGGACGAACAUUGCGAUCUUCUUCUCUACAGGCGCUCUAAAGAUCCUCUCAUUUUACAUGUCUACUUUUUUCCAGCUGAUUAUCGUGCAAAAGAAAAAGUUGAGAAGAAUGAAGAAUCGGGUUAUCGGAUCUUGCAUCCCAGACCUGACAGAGCUUUUCGGAUGAAAACUCCACACAGUCUCGAUGUUCCUGGUGCCUCUGUCAAUCCCAAAGAAGGGAUCACACUCAGAAGACAAACUGACCCAAACUUCUUCAAGAUCGUAAUCAAGACACGUCUGGAGAUCAAUCUUCAAAUGAGUCUUACCAGAGAGGAGGACAAGAAGGAGGUCUGGACUACAACACUUGAGAAAGAGGAGUUUGAUCAGAAUCAUCCACAGAGAGACGAGACACAGAGAGAUGAGACACGUCUGAAGAGUGAGGCAGAUAAAGCAAGAUAUUUUGAUGACCACUGGUCAGUUCUCAUUCAGAGAGUUACAGAUGUCCAGAUCAUUGCAGAUAAACUGCGUCAGCACCAACUCAUUCAUGAGGAACAAUAUUCAGAAAUCAUACAGAGUUUAACCAGUCAGGACGGCAUGAGAAAGAUCUGUGCGAUCAUUCGUAAACACAAUGAUACUGUGAAAGCUAAACUCAUCUCAAUUCUUCAGGAAGAGAAGCUUUUCCACUUUUAACAUCGUCUGAUUCUACAUUUAGAGCGAAGGCUCGUCCUCUAGAUGAUACCAGAAGAAAAUGGCUUAUACUUGAUCAGCAAUGAUGUCUUCAAAAUAUUAAGUGAUAGAAACAAUACAAAUACAUCUCAGGUUCUGUUUGUCUAAUGGCAGGGAAAUCUUCACAUUCACAGCUAAUUUAGAGCAAGAUUUACAUUUAUAUUUGUCUAACGGUGUAUUUCAUGCUUGUACAUGCUUUUAUACAUCAGCCUUGGUUACUAGCUGAAAUAAGUUUAAAGUUUUAUAUAUUAUUUCUUUUAACAUUUUUUUCAAGUAACAACAAUGUUUAAUGGUUUCAGCUUUAGUCGUAGUUAACUAUAACAACCCUGACUAAUUGAUGUCUAAUUCAGUUCAGUCUUAUGAAGGGUGUUUUAGUAAACUUUACUAGUUGUUCAUCAGGUGUUCAUGAAGCACUCACUGGCCUGUUGGACUUCUGUACAUUGCAGAAAUUAUACUUUGGACCAACCCAAGAAAAUUGAUGUAAUUUGUAAAUAGUUUUUUCAAACUACAUUUUUUGAUUUGGUCGAAACUUAAAAUUUUAAUUUAAAAUAAAUCAAAACAUUUCUUCUU